AUGCUAAAAAAUACACUAAGUUCUGAAGAAGAAAAUAGAGGUUCUGUUGAAUUUCAAGUAUUCUGGUUUACCAAUAAGAUCCAGAGACUUACUUCACAUUUGGAACUGCACAAAAAAGACUAUUUAUCUCAGCGAGGGUUACGAAAAAUAUUGGGCAAACGUCAACGACUGUUGGCUUAUUUGGCAAAAAAAAAUACACUACGUUAUAAAGAAUUAAUUGGUCGGUUGAAUAUUCGAGAGAUAAAAACUCGUUAA